AUGAACUCUGGGAACGAUAGCUGGCACUCCCCUGCUGGUGGGCCUCCGUCGCACCCUGGCAUGGAUCAGAUGAACCAACAGAGGCCCUUGGGGUCUUUCAGUCAAAAUCCUCCGAAUCAAGGCCCGGGCUCACAGCCCUCCGGGCCUGUCCUCCCCCCUCCAGGCGGCCCCUACCAUCCCUCCGGACAGUCGGGCGGACACUCCCUCCCCGGCCUGGCAGAAUUGAGCCAGAGCCACGGGGCUCCGCACCAACCGACCUACGGACAGCACCCGCAGGGCCCGUCUCACGGUUCCGGUCACUCUCUCCCUGGUAUCGGCCAGGCCAUGCAACAUGCAUCUCCCCAGUCUCUGAACCGCGAGCGCGAGCGGGACUCAAGGGAACGCGAGAUCCUUGAACGCCAGCGCCAGGAAGAGAUGGCCCACCGGGAGCGUGAGCAGCGCGAGCGCGAACAGAUGGAGCGCCAGCAGAUGGAGCGCCAGCGCGAUCACCACCCGGUUCAGAGCCACACGGGCUCCAUUCCCCUACACCAGCCGGUCGCCUCGAAGGUCCCGAAUUCGAUCCACGGCCCAAAUGGUCUCCUUUCGAGUCUCGGUAACAACCCACCCAAUGGUCCUCAGGGAAAUGUGCAGUCUUCCGGUGGUCCAGCCAGCCUCUUCGGCCCGCAGAUGUCGCAGCACGGCGAGGGUACACCACGGUCGUACAUGCAGCACCCGGGUGCCCCGCCCAUGAUGGGCUAUAACGGACAAGGACAGCAAAUUCCUGGAAAUGUGGCGGCCCUCGCCCAGGGUCAGCAGCCGAUUCUGAAUGAUGCCCUCAGUUAUUUGGAUCAGGUCAAGGUACGAUUUGUCGACCAGCCUGAUGUGUACAACCGGUUUUUGGAUAUUAUGAAGGAUUUCAAGAGUCAAGCGAUUGAUACACCGGGCGUGAUUCAACGGGUGUCGACUCUCUUCAACGGCCACCCGGCCCUGAUUCAGGGGUUUAACACGUUUUUGCCUCCUGGAUAUCGCAUUGAGUGCGGUACCGAGGAUAACCCGGAUGCCAUUCGAGUUACCACACCAUCUGGCACCAACACCCUGAGCAUGCCUCGUGCGGGACGUCCUUUUGAAACUAUCACUGAAACUACGGCUCCAUCGGGAGGACUCGGUCCUCACGGCCGUACUGACUACUAUGACCAGUCACGCCCCGGAUGGCAGCAAGGCCAGCAACAGCAGGGCCAGCAGCAUGGUGCCCCUGGAUCAUACUCCCCUGGUUCUCGGAUGAUGGGCCCGGGUAUGUAUCAACAGGAAGGACAAGGUCCUGCACAGGACCCUCACUAUGGCUAUCAGAGUCAAGAGGCUCAGGGUGCCUCGGCACUGUCUCAUCAGCAGGAUCAUCGUGGUGUUGCUCAGUUGCAAGGCGCUGCUUCGGCGGCCUCUGGCAUGGGGAGACCUGGCAUGAUGCAGGUCUCCGGUGCUGGCCAAGCUGCCGGCAUGACCCAGCCUUUGAACGGUCUGGCUGGUGUUGGUGGUAUGCUCCAGAGUGGUCAUGCUGAUCUGAACAAGCGUGGACCUGUGGAAUUCAACCAUGCUAUCAGCUAUGUGAACAAGAUAAAGAACCGCUUCUCCAGCGCUCCGGAGAUCUAUAAGCAGUUCCUGGAGAUCUUGCAGACCUACCAGCGCGAGUCAAAACCUAUCCAGGAUGUCUAUGCGCAGGUCACUCAUCUGUUCAACACUGCCCCUGACCUGUUGGAAGACUUCAAGCAGUUUUUGCCAGAGUCUGCUGCCCACGCCAGACAGGUUGAGCGGCAACGCGCUCAAGAGAACAUCCCAGUCAGCGAUCUCCGCAGUGGUCCUGGCGACUUCCCGUCGCAGACGCCUAACCGUGAUGUCAAGAUGCCCCCUCUCGGCCAGUUCAAUGUGAAAGACUCUGGCAAAGAGAACAAGAAGCGCAGAGGCGCCCCUGGUAUCACAGGCUCUAUGUCCGGACCCUCGGGCGUUGAUGCCGCCCGUAUGCCUGAUGCUCAAGUUCGUGGGCAGCCGGGUUCGUUUGGCAAUCUAUCCAAGAGACAAAAGCACACCCACGGCAGGCCAUCCGGUGCUGAUAUCCCUAACGUUUCGCCUACUUUGAUUCCAGCCCUCCCUGAGCCAGUUCCGCCGACUAUGUUGACGACCCCCAGCCAAGAGGAGAUUGCUUUCUUUGACCGCGUGAAGAAGUUUAUCGCCAACAAGCAGAUUUUCAGCGAUUUCUUGAAGCUGUGCAAUCUGUACACCAACGACCUGAUUGACCGCUUCAUUCUGGUCAAGAGGGCUGAAGGUUUCAUUGGCUCCAAUGCCGAGCUGAUGAGCUGGUUCAAGCGUUUUAUGAAUGUCGAAGAGCCCGAAGACAAGACCAUCGACCCCAAGCCCAAGACAGAGGCUGGUAUGGUGAACCUUGCACACUGCCGGUCCUUGGGACCCAGCUACCGUCUGCUUCCUAAGCGUGAGCGACAAAAGGCUUGCAGUGGUCGUGAUCAACUCUGCUUCGAGGUUCUGAAUGACGAAUGGGCUUCGCACCCUACUUGGGCGUCUGAAGAUUCUGGCUUCGUUGCGCACAGGAAGAACCAGUAUGAAGAUGCUCUCCACCGCAUCGAAGAAGAUCGUCACGACUAUGAUCACCACAUCGAAGCUUGCACUCGCACAAUUCAGCUCAUCGAGCCUAUUGUCCAGCAGUUCCUCCAUAUGUCUGAAGUCGAGCGUGCCAACUUCAAGUUGCCGCCCGGUCUUGGUGGCCAGAGCGAGGCUAUCUACCAACGCGUGAUCAAGAAGGUUUAUGACCGUCAGCGUGGCGAGAAGAUCAUCCGUGAUAUGUUUGAGCGCCCUUGCCAAAUCUUACCUAUUGUCCUAUACCGCCUCAAGCAGAAGCUCGAGGAAUGGAAGGCAUGCCAGCGCGAGUGGGACAAGGUCUGGCGCGAGCAGAUGCAAAGAGCCUACUGGCGCAGUCUAGACCACCAGGCCAUCGCUACUCGCCAGACCGACAAGAAACUGUUCAUUGCUAAGAACAUUCAGCAGGAUCUACAGGCCAAGUUUGAAGAGACCCAGAGCCGUCGGAAGAGUGGUCUCAAUCCGCCCAAGUACCAGAGUCAGAUGGAGUUCAAGGAUAUGGAUGUCCUUUUGGAUGCUACCCACCUGCUCUGCUUGUACAUUGACCGGACUACCUCUGGAUUUGGCGCUGAGCCGCAGCGUCUGAUCAACUUUGUUAAGGAUUUCAUCCCUGCUUUCUUCGGCUUGGACCGUGACACUUUCCUCGAUUACAUGGAUGAGCUCUCGGUCAGCGAUACUCCUGCCGAGGAGAUGGAAGAUAACUUUGGUGCCGAUGACGUCUCGAACGCUAGCCGAAAGGUUAUUAACACGCAAAAGCUGGAUCUAUUGCGUGAGGUCCUUGAACGCCGAGUCGAGAAGGGUAAUAGCAACGGUCAGCCCAAGGAUGAUGUUCCAGCAAUUAGCCAGCAGCCUACUCCCGAUGUACGGCCCCUUUCUGCGACUGCUUCUGAGCCGGAGGAUACUUUCGAUGUUGCUGAGUUGAAGUGGAUGUCGCACCCUGACCAGGGUAACUUCAACCUGGAGCGCGCGUACACCCUCAACGAGAAGUACAAGAAGACUGUGCAUCACAUGUACUGCAACUUGAACAUCCUGUGCUUCUUGCGCACAUUUGAGAUCCUUUAUGCUCGCCUGCUGCGUAUCAAGCAGCUGGAAAGUGAAGCCCAUGAGCAGGUCCGUCGGGGUUUGCUGCCCAAGCCUGCACACGAGUUGUGCCUGAUCGAUCGCUUCCCUGGUGAUUUCUUCUACGAUGUUGAUUCCAAGGCGAAUCUCUACAAGCAGAUUGUUCGUAUGUGCGAGGAAGUCAUCAGAGGAGACAUUGACCAGCUUCACCUGGAGGAGACGCUGCGCCGCUUCUACAUGCAGAGCGGUUAUUUGUUGUACAACUUGGAACGUAUCUUCUCGUCCAUCACCAAGUUUGUGGCCUCGAUCUUUACCGGAGACUCGCGAGACCGCAGCUCAGAUAUUGCGAACUUGUUCUUCAAGGAACGAGAGAAGGAGGAAACCACCCACCACCAGGAGAUCCAGUAUCGCAAGCAGGUGGAGAGGUUGGUUAAGGAAGGCGAUAUCUAUCGCAUUACUUAUCUUCCCGCCGAGCGCCGAGUCACCAUCCAGGUGAUGUCCGCCGAAGACUCCACACUCGACAGCGAAGACCUCAGCUCUGAAGCCCGCUGGUCGUACUAUGUCACCGCCUACUCCAUGCGCGACCCAACUGAAGGUGUGCAAUUCUCCGAGAUGCGCAUGCCUUUCUUGAAGCGCAGCCUCCCAAGCAAGCUCGACGAGGAUGAGGAGUACGACCGCUAUUACCGGCGCCUCCAGCACUACGACGGGCUGAUCAUCCGCAUCUGCGCCAACAACUACACGAUCCUCUACCAGCCCCCCAGCCACGACUGGUUCUGGCGUUCCACCGCCCCAGCCAUCGACAAGGACGCCGACGCCGAGACCGUCAAGUCCAAAGAAGAGCAGCAGGCCAGGGAGAAGGCAGCUCUCCGCGAAAAGCGCCACGACCGCUUCGUGGAGAAGUUCGUCAACAAUCCCAACUGGGCGCGCGGUCUGAGCAAAGACAAGGUCGACGAGUCAAACCAGCAAUUCCGCUCCUGGCUAAACGGUACCCUAUCCAAGGAAAGCCCGACUCCUGCCGAGGAGCCCGCCACGGAAGACAAGGAAGUAACUGAGAAGAGCGAGCCGGCAGACACCGAAAUGGCCGAGGCCGAGCCCGCCGAAGCGUGA